AUGGGGAAGGCGCCUGCUGUCAUUAUAAUCGCAAGGUUGGAAUCACGCUCCCAACAACUACUCCAGAGCCAUGCUGACUCAAUCAGGCACGGCGCAAGACUUGACCAAGCAGACAAGCAAUGGCAUCUCACUUCUCCGACUCCAUACGACCCUCCUCUAACCUACGGUGGUUGGACACAGGCUCGAGCACUAGGAGCGCGGAUUGGCGGCAUCUUGAGAGCUAGAGAGGAAGAACAGGAAGACAUCAAAAGCAAUGGUAUGACUGGCGGCACUUCAGAGCAGACGGGUCAAAAGCGGAAGAGGAAGCACAAAAUCAUCAUACAUUCCUCACCUUUUGUCAGAUGUGUGCAGACCUCAAUAGCAAUUGCUGCGGGCAUUGGACAGUUCAAAGGACGAGCGCCGUCGGUGGCAAAACAUCAUACCAUGCAUUCGGGAUCGCCUCAUAUUCACGCACUGGAAAAUUCACCCGGGCUAUCAGCCAUUCCUGAACCAGCGGAGGAUUUUCCGACUACUCCCUUAUUGCCUGAGCCAUCUCCUCUUCCAACGAAUCCAAAUUCGGCUGAGCCACUUGCCUCUGCGCCCUCCAUACCCUGUCAGUCUAAGAAACACCGCGUGGCUGAGCUUCGACUGGAUGCUUUUCUAGGGGAGUGGCUGUCGCCUGACUACUUCGAAAACAUCACACCUCCACCUGAAUCAGUAAUGAUGGUCGCGAGUGCCAAAGCAGACCUCCUCCGGCCUAGUGAAGCAAUCGAAGGAUCAGACUCCGGAAGAAGAACUCAUGGCAAUUUUCCUGGAGGCUGGAGCUCAGAUUGGAGCGCUUCCAGCUCGGCGGAUGAAUCAGAAGAAAAGACCGGACUUGCGAACAUGGCCGCACUUGGUCAUGCGCUCAGUCACUCGCUUCCCAACCGUACUCGUUCCAGCACUCACAGCAGCGACUCACCUGGUACAUCAUAUUCUCGGCGCUAUCCCUCGAAACUAAAUACCAGCCUCACUACCUCUAAUUCCAAUGACGAGCUGGCAUACGUCCCACCCACCCCAACCUACGCUAUUUCCUCAUCUGAUGCCAUCCCAGUCGGCUACGUCGCUCACGCUCGGGAUGCCUGUAUCGACGUUUCCUAUCAAUGGGAUAGCAUGCGCCCACCGCAAUGCUGGGGCAAUGGUGGCGAGUACGGCGAAGAAUGGAGUAGCAUGCACCGGCGGCUUCGAAACGGUCUCUCCAAAAUGAUAGAGUGGUACGAGGAGCACGGUACAGCUGUUAAUAAGGCGGCAGAGAUGUUCGUUGAUUCAGCGGAUGAAGUGGAGACAGAUACGGUGCUGAUCCUCGUCACGCAUGGAGCAGGGUGUAAUGCGCUACUAGGGGCGUUAACCAACCAACCCGUGCUGUUGGAUGUUGGCAUGGCGAGUUUGACUAUGGCUGUUAGGAAGGGGAGCGUAGCGAAAAGUGCCAGGCAGAAGAAGAGUGAGAUCGAGGACGCUAACUCGACAAACAAUAAUAAUGCGCCAUCAUCGGCAAGAAGAAGCAGCAGGAGAGGAUCGAUCGAUCUUGGAAUAGCGGAGGACUACGAGAUGAAAUUUACAGCAUCAACGGAUCAUCUACGUGCCGGGUCAAAUCCUUUGUCAGGAAGUGCAGGUUCCCCUCGGAUUGGAUCUUCGGCAUCCAAUUCGCCUUACAGAAGACCUGCCACUUCAUUCUCCAGCGAUAGCUUCACCAUUGGAGAGGGCGCCGCUACUUUCUCCACAGCGCCGUCUGCUAGACCAGUCACUGCUGGUGCAGCCUUCAGCAGCGCUGGCGGGUUACACCGAAGCAAGAGUGGCCAUUCAGCUCUGAGGAAUGGGAUAUACCCAACGAUCAGCAGUGCACCUAAGAUCCCAAGUGGGCUGUGGAGGAGUGGCACGACGUGGAGCAGUAAUUCCAAUAACGAAGCGACAAGUGAAAGUGGUGGGGAGAGUGAUGCUUUACCGGAUUUUGGGAGCAUGAAUGCAAAAUCGAUCGCCGCUUGUGCAACUAGAGGUUUGGAUGGAUCGAAUGAUUUGAGCUUAAGAAGAAAGGAUAGCAAUGUGGCGCCUGAUGAGCAGGUUCGGCCGGGGGAGGAGGAGGAGCAGCAGCAGCAACAGCAGGAGGAGCAGGGUACGGAGGUGAAUGGCAACGGGACCCGAGCUCUGAAUAGAAGCCCAACUCCUAUUGCGUCAUCAAAACCAUAUAACCAGCUGAAAAGCCCUCCAUACACGAAGACUCAUGCUCAUACACCAACAAGGACAGCGAGUCAGAUGGGAUUAUGGGGUAGUGGCUUCAAAAAGGAUUCGAAUAUGCCGAAACGACGAUGGACCGUGGUGGAAAAUCCGGCGGGAUGA